UGAACCACGCAGCGAACAGGCUGCAAGUGCACUUCCAUUCCGGGCCGGGAUAAGACGAUAUGGUGUCGUGCUACUCAAUUGAAUGCCUUCUUUUGGCAUUGGUGCUGAAAAAUUACGUUUCCGUAAUUUGGGCCGAAGAAGUAAAUACCGUUGAACCCCAGGUCGACAUCCCCCAGGGGAAACUGCAAGGUGGGAUACGGAGGACGCGCAACAAUCGAACUGUAUCAGCUUUCUUGGGAAUUCCUUACGCGCAACCACCAAUUGAAAAUCUCCGAUUCGCAAAUCCAGUGCCAGCUGAUGGUUGGAACGGGACUCGAAACGCUAGUGUAGAUUCCAACCCAUGCCCGCAGAUCUUAGCCGACGAAAUAGUGGGAAAUGAGGAUUGCCUGUAUCUGAACGUGUACACACCGCAGCUUUCUGAAAAUGCAACCUCAGGACUACUUCCGGUAAUGGUUUUCAUUCACGGUGGAGGAUACCUGAGCGGAAGCGACGAUUCAUCGCAAACCGGCCCGGAAUACCUCCUCGACAAAGAUGUGAUUCUCGUAACCUUAAACUAUCGUCUAGGGAUAUUCGCAUAUUUGAGCACCGGUGACAAGGUGGCCUCGGGAAAUUGGGCCGUCAAGGACCAGGUCCUCGCCCUCAAAUGGGUUCAGAGUAAUAUCAAGUACUUUUGUGGCGAUCCUGAUCAGGUGACGCUCUUUGGUCAAAGUGCAGGCGCGGCUUCAGUUCAUCUUCUGACAAUGUUAAAUGUCACGAUUGGGCUCUUCCACAGGUAUAUAACGGAAAGUGGAUCCGCUCUUGCAGCAUGGGCUUACAGACCAAGCGGCCCCUAUGCCGACCAAGCAUUUGACCUUGGCGAAUAUGUUGGCUGUUCCAAUACAUCAACGGAUUCCUUGAUUGAAUGUUUACGGACAGUCGACGUUUCGAAUAUUGUAGGUUCUUAUCCGAAAUUCCAUCUUUGGGAAUCAUUUCCGUCGGUCGUGUGGGGCCCAACUGAUGAGCCAAAUAUUGAUGGUGCCGUUCUUACUGAUAGUCCCCAAAAUUUAAUUCGCAAUGGUCUGGUUCAAGAUUUGCCAUCGAUUUCAGGUGCCUGUCAACGUGACGGAUUAGUUUUGACUGCAGCUUUCUAUCAAAAUGAGACAAUGCUUGAUGACCUUCUGACAAAUUUCGACCGCGUUUUACCUAGUUUGUUGAAUUGGAACUUUUUACCGGGUUCGGGAGCUGCUUGGAUCGAACCUAUCAAGUCAUACUACUUCAAAGACUUCGGAGCCGACAAAAACGUGAUACUAGCAAAUCUGACAGAUCUUGUGAGUGACGUUAAUUUUUUCUACCCGCUUUACGUCGCACUCCGACAACAGUCUGCAACGGCGGUGAAUCCGCAAUAUCUUUACAACUUCGAUUACCGUGGUGAAUUGAGCUACUCCUACAAAUAUGCCGGCACAACGGUGAACUACGGCGUAUCGCACACUGAUGAUUUGAUAUACAUAUUUCCGGUAACGUUAGCAUUUCGUAGUUUCAACGAAACUCGAAGCAAGAAAGAUUUCGAAAUGGUGGACAUUAUGGUGGGAUUGUGGACAUCCUUCGCUAUUGAUGGGAAACCCACGACUUCAGCUUUUGGCAACGACACGGAGUGGGAACCGUUUUCGAUCGAGAAGGAAAACCACCUUCACAUCGGAAAUAACUCCGAUCUCGCACUCACGGUUGAAUAUUCUUAUUUCAAAGAGCGUCUACAGUUCUGGGAUGACUUGAUAGCUAAUGUGCCGCUAUAAUCGAUGAGCUCCAUUUCUCAAGUCCAGCACUUCAUCACAAAAUUUCUGGAAUGCGCAUUUAGUACUUAAUUUGCUCUACGUUGGCACGCUUGUUGUAUUUUGUUUAAUGCUGCAUAUUGGUCGGAAUAUUUUUCGUCCUGUGUAUCUUUAUUGCUUGCGUCGAAGCACCAAAUACAGAAUUGAGAGAAAAGAAUUAGUAACUAGUAGUUUGUUACCUAAUUUGUAUCGAGUUCGUUUGGAGUACCCCGCCACAGACGAGUUAUCCAAAAUUUUCGUUCGUUCUGUGCUCUUGCGACCAGCUGUUCUAGUAUGCCAUGUUACACUGCAGUAUAAAAUUUGUCUACCAUUAUUUUAUAGAGGCAUGCUACUUUAAACCAUCAACUCUUCCCACUGCAA